UACGAUACACGGCCCUAUUGAUUCUAAGCUCUCUCGCUGCCCUCGUUGCCGCACGCCGCCUAAUCCAACCUCAAACUUCUCUCUCUCUUUUCUGACAAAUCAAGCACCUCUUCGUUGAAACUGGAAGUCGCGUUGAAAGCCGAUCGUCAAGGGUGUGCAACGGCACACAUUAUAUCCGAGAGUUCGCAAUUCGUUGGAUCGGCCGCACAAAAGCUCAUAGGUCACCGCCGGCGCGUGCGCACGGCGGCUGUAGUGGUCGGCUUCGCGGAGGAGUCACUGGCGACGGCCUCUGUCUCUGCACUUGUCAAGAGGGUUCAUGCUGACGCUGGCCCUUCGUGUGUGUCUUUAUGUGUGACUUAUUCAGCGGCAUUUUAAGAAAGGGCUUCGGGCGAUGACGUGGAGGGGGAGGGCGUGGUGAGCGAAGGAAGGAAGGAGAGCCCGAGAGAGACCAUCAACACCAACCAAGGUGGUAUCGACCGAGUGCUUGGAGAACCCUACUCGAGGGCCUAUGUGUGCCUGAAUCUCUCAUUUUAAGCACACUAUCGUAAUUCCGGAUAAGCAGCGACCGGAUUCAGUGGACUAGCCGACCGGGAACCGCCUCUGUGGCCACAAGACAAGAUGGAGUCCGUUCGGAACGACAAUUACCAGGGCUACAGCAUGGAGCAACAGCAGCAGCAGCAGCAGCAAGGGCAGUUCUACAUAGACCCUGCACAGCAGCAAGGGGGCAUGAGGGUUGGCGCUGCCCCUCCUGUCGCCGGGGGUGCUUCGAGGCCCUACGUGGACCCUGAAGCCCAUGGCGAGGUCGACCCCACUGCCUACCCCGAGCCGAAGGAAUCGACCCACAAAAUCCGCGGCCGCUCCGACCUCAUCGACAUGUUCUGCAACAAUGUCAACCAAGAACUCCUCUUCGCCAAGACGUUCUACUUCUUCUUCUUCUCCGCCUUCGGGUCGCUCUUCCCGCUCAUGGCCGUGUACUUCAAGCAAAUGGGCAUGAACCCCCUCCAGACUGGCUUCCUCAUCGGCAUCCGGCCUUUCGUCGAGUUCAUCGCGGCUCCGUUCUGGGGAUCCAUCGCCGACAGGU